AGGACCAUGCUUGAUCGCUUUCCUGAGAUCUAUGAGGUAGAGGCAGUGAUGCCGGGAUUCAAAGUUCCCACUGAGGAAGGCAUAGAGGAAGUCAUCUCUACAAUCGCACCCUUCCUGUCGGUGAGCGGCGGCAGUAUCGAGCUCAUCGAGUUGGAUGACGGUGAGGGUGUCAAUCCACGACCGACAAUAGUGCUGGGCAUUGGCGGUCCUCCAGCUAAGAAUGCAAGUUUAAAGGCAGAGGUGGUGAGGAGGGUGAAGUUUAUCUACGGCCAAGCAGAGAAGCUUGGCGGCUAUAUUGGUGUUUCAUCCGAAAUCCUGUUUGCUUUUUCCCAUUGUCUUUUUAUAUUUGUUCAAACGGUGCCGGAAACCUGUUUCCAUGCUUGCUUGCGGUAGUCAUAUGGUUUUCCCUCUAUUCCGCUUGCUCUUCCCAUUUACCACCUGCCAGACCUUUUCACACUGACAGGGAAAAGCGGCUCUUGAGUUCUCCAGAAUAAGGAUCAAGGAUUGUAAUUGGCGCAGACGUAGGGUAUCCACAGGAAAAGAAAGCUCCUGGAUCUUGCUUAGACGUGAGGGGAGUCUUACAAGCUCGAAUCCCCUGGCAUUCCAUGGUUGAAUUCUUUAAUUCUUUUGCUUGGUUCUUUGUUGUUCUUUGUAAUUUUCAGCCUUGUGCCGAGUGGAUUCGGAACCAUCAGCUUCACCCUUUUGAUCCGGCAGUCGGUUUGACAUUCUCCAUAUUUUUCUUUAGUAUGGGCUGGGCAGGGUGCAACUGCACGAGCUUGUCAUGGAGGAAGACUGAGGGCUUGGCGUGUUGCAGAGCUCAGUUCGGACCAAAGACCACAGUCACUAUACCGUCUAAGCCACCUUGGAAUCCGAAUCUAAAUCAUUAUAAAAAUUUUGGAUCACCUUAAGGGCAUCCUUUGCUUCAGUUGCCCAUGC